AUGCGCUUUGGAGAAAAGUUACAGAUGCUAUUCAUGGGUCUCGUAGAAGAUGGGAUAUGUUCCCGUGUAAUAACAAGUUUUCAGGAGCAUGGUCUAAAAAUAGUCUUGUGCGGUCGAAAGCUAAAGGUGGGAGAGGUUCCGUUUGUUGGAAUGAUUAAAGGUAGUGUGGGUAAUGGUACAAAAAUAAGGUUUUGGAUCGACCCUUGGAUCGACCACAUGCCUCUUAAACAACGAUUUCCGUCUCUAUUUCGGCUUGAGUCGGAUUAUUGGUGUGUGUUGGCGGAUAGGAUUGAGACACAAAAUGAUGGUAAUUUGAGCACCUGGGAUUGGAAGAGAUACCCGACAACUGAGCAAGAGAUGAUUGAAGUUGUUGAGUGUCAAAGAUUGAUCACGGGGACUCGGCUUUCACAGGCCGAAGAUUCUUGGGUUUGGAGUAUUGGAGAUUCGAAGGAUUACUUGGUUAAAGAGGUAGAAGAUUGGUUAAAGAGCACCGGCUCUGAGGAGGUUAGCAAGCUAUUUGAAUGGUGCAAGUGGAUUCCAAGCAAGUGCAAUAUUUUCAUGUGGAGAGCCCUUCUUGAUAGAAUUCCCACUCGAUGUGCGCUUCGAAGAAGGAACAUAUCAACUGGACACAGCUGCUGCGUUUUUUGUGAAGAUGUCGACGUGACAGCAGAUCACUUGUUUACUGUAUGCAGGUUUGCGGAUGGAGUUUGGAAUGGCAUCGUUUCUUGGUGCAGGUUACCACCGAUGAUUAUGUUUUCUGUCGAUGAUAUACCGAAGAUUGUUGAUCAAAUGGGCGGUUCAAAGUCUAGGAGAAGCAUUGUGUACGGUAUUUUCAUUAUAACGUGUUGGAGAAUUUGGAAGGCGAGGAACGAAAAGGUUUUUUUCAACAUUACUAGGAGUGUGAGCCAUGUCGUUUCGGAUGUAAAAUCGUUGAGCUUUCUUUGGUAUAGAAGGAUGGGUAAGGAUGCGGUUGUAGAUUGGAUAGUUCAUAGGGCGGCGGUUUUGCAGAAAGUAACCGUUUGCAAUUAUCACUACUAUUUGAGUUUGAUAUUUGGAGAUAUCAUUUAA